AAAAAUUAGGACAGUCGAUUGGUAAGACCAUUGCCCUCCACCCGGUGUGUCUAAACUCGCUGGCAGGGAGUCGAUGAAGGUGGAACGUCGGCGUUGGCAUCGAGAAGCACAUCUGUGGAGGUUGCUGUAUCGACCACACGGAGAUCCCCCGAAUCUGCUGUGUAGCUGAAAUUCGUCAUGGCCAAGGACCACAUCGAGAUUGACCCUUUGCUCAACGCCUUGGGACCUCUUGGCUUCUACCCUCUGUGUCAGUGUUGCAUCUACUUUCUUAGCUACCUGGUUGAUGCGUAUCAGGUCUUCAGCUAUGUCUUUACAGGGCAAGAAGUUGUCCACAAAUGUGCUCCUCCGACUAACGACAGCGAACAUCUUAUAUUCGAUUUGCACACGGACCAUCUAGACAACGUCAGCGUGCAGUAUGGUACGUGCAGCAUCGACAUCAGCAGGAAUGUCAGUGGUGUCACCUCAUUCCAAAGUUAUCCAUGUCUUUAUGGCUUUGCGUACGACAUGCCGAAGGACAUGUCGCUGGUGUCAGAGGUCAGUUGAAAGAAAAGAUAUUGA